AUGUUGAAUCUUAAUCUUUCGGCUUCGUUAAAUAUAACGAGGCUCAUCUUCAAGCCGAGUCUAUGCUUGCCCCAUCACACAGUCUCCACCUUCAAUGAUUUACCAAUCCCCUUAGAAAAGGGCCUUCAAAAAGAUGGCAGAAAAGUAGAGAUCAAGGCUGUCGUACUGGACAAAGACGAUUGUUUUGCUUAUCCCGAUAGUAUUGAAGUGUACGAAUCUUACAAGAAUCACUUCGAAAAGCUAAGACUAGCAUAUCCUGGUCGCAAACUGCUGGUGGUCUCGAAUACCGCGGGCGCAACUUCAUGGGAUAAGAACUUGAAACUCGCUGCUGAAGUUGAGGAAAACACUGGCAUCACUGUACUAUCGCAUUCAGUGAAGAAGCCAGGGUGUGGCCAGGAGAUCAUGGAGUACUUCAAGAAACAUCCAGAGACUGGAGUAACAGACCCCGCGCAUGUUGCGUUCGUCGGUGAUAGACUGACGACGGAUAUGAUGCUCGCCAAUAUGACAGGCGGGUGGGGCUUCUGGGUGAAGGAUGGAGUGAUACCCCUCGAGAAAAAGAGCAUUUUCUCGAGAUUCGAGAGACCCCUAGUGUCGUUUUUGAUUGCACGUGGUGUACAUGCCCCUGAACCUCGAAGCAUAUUCGAAGAGUAG